CAGAGCCUUGCCUUCAGACAGCAGGAAUGUGGGAUGUCUGGAGUGGGGGUCAGGAAGCGAGGAAAGAAUGCCAAGUAUGUCCAUGUUUGUCCAGGGCCGGCUCUCCAUUCAGCCCCCAGUGACGUGCUCAGAGGGCCAGCGAGUAUAAAGGGAGCUGGGCUGUGCAGUCAGGACUCAGAUCAGCUCCUCUACUGAAGCUAAACUCUAGCUUUCACCAAGAUAGAAAGAAAGGAAGGACAGACUGCGACCGGAGCAGCGGAGAAACGCUACCAGACGAACCAGACAAGAGAUCGACUUGAUCAGAAAAGGUUUCUCGAGCUCAGACUAAAGGAAGACUUUCUCUUCGAAACUUAAGGAAAACUAGAAUUUAUUUCUACAAGGAAGAAAAAGAUGUCUGCUGGGAUGAGGAAAAUGAUUUUGCUGCCUUUCCUGAGCAUCAUGCUUUCACACAUGGUGAGUCAAAAACAUCAAACAGCUGUUUUAAACUUAAGCUUUAAGGACACUGCAUUCUCCGUGUUUUGGAUGUGAGAUGAUGUCUGACUGAGCUUGUGUCUGUUACUCGUCUUGUGUUCAGGCUGCGGGUCAGGAGUGCAGCAGCCAGUGUUCGUGCCCCUCCACACCCCCUCAGUGCCCACCAGGAGUGAGCCUGGUGCUGGACGGCUGCGGCUGCUGUAGGGUGUGCGCCAAACAGAUGGGGGAGCUUUGCACGGAGAAAGACGUCUGUGACCCACACAAAGGCCUCUACUGUGACUUCGGAGCCCCCAUCAACAGACGCAUAGGCGUGUGCACAGGUGAGACUUUGAUAACAAGCCCAUCCUGUUAGCAAUGAAAGAAGUCUGUGUUUAUCGCGCCUUGUUUUUGAGCAAAAUAGUAAUCGUCUAAUGUGUUGUUUCCACGAUAAGCUCGAGAUGGAGCCACUUGUGUGUUCGGAGGCAUGGUGUACAAGAGUGGAGAGACCUUCCAGAGCAGCUGCAAGUACCAGUGUACCUGUUUGGAUGGCGCCGUGGGCUGCGUGCCACUUUGCUCCAUGGACAUCCGUCUGCCCAGUCCCGACUGCCCUAUGCCCAGGCGGGUGAAGGUACCUGGGAAGUGCUGCGAGGAAUGGGAGUGUGAUUCCCCUUACAGACACAGCUUCAUGGGCUCUGCUCUGGCCGGUAAGUUGGUCUCUAUUUCUGAAGCAGUGAAGCUCGAGAAAUGAGAGGAGCUGGAUGGUCGUUCUAACCUGGUGUUUGCUCCUGUGUUUACAGCCUACAGAGAGGAGGAGACCUACGGCCCAGACCCCUCCAUGAUGAGGGAGAACUGCCUGGUUCAGACGACUGAAUGGAGCGCCUGCUCUAAGACUUGCGGCCUUGGAAUCUCCACCAGGGUCACCAACGAUAACCGCGAAUGCCGCCUGGAGAAACAGACCCGGUUGUGUAUGGUGCGACCAUGUGAGUCCCAGCUGGAGCAGAGCAUCAGGGUGAGUGUUUGUUGAAGUGCGCUUCUCUUCAAGAAGUCUUAGCACACAUUUCAAAAGUCAAACAAUGUCUAAUAAAGUUGUUUUCCUCGUACAGAAAGGAAAGAAGUGUAUCCGCACCCCGAGACUCUCCAAGCCCAUGAAGUUCGAGAUCUCCGGCUGCACCACCACCAAGUCCUACAGGCCAAAGUUCUGCGGCGUCUGCCUGGACGGCCGCUGCUGCACCCCGCACAGAACCACCACCCUGCCCAUGGAGUUCAAAUGCCCCGACGGACAGGUGAUGAAGAAGCACAUGAUGUUCAUCAAGUCCUGCGCCUGCCACCACAACUGCCCGGGGGAGAACGACAUCUUCGAGUCCAUGUAUUACAAGAAGAUGAUGGGAGACAUGGCGUGAAGAGUCACUGAUGGACACUCGCAGCUUAUGACUUGAAAAAGAACUCCAUCUCAUUUUGCAGCUCAGUAUCUAUGUUUAACGUUUUAUUUCGUCAUGUUCUCGUAAAAGUAGUCGAGACACUUGUGUUAAGUGUCUGUGUGUUUUGUAUGGCUGGCAUCAGCCGCAUAGACUCAGACAGAGGGUUGCAUAGCAGCUCCAAGAGAUUCCUGCACUAUAACUUGUAUGUUUGACGAACCUACUGUCAGGUUUCCGCCCAUUCCCCUUUAAUUCCCCUCUUACAGACCCGUCCUUUUACUGUAUUCAUUAUCCUUAUCUAAACCAUGACCCCCUCUCUAAAUGAGGUGUUUAAUAACCCCCCCCCCUCAGCCCAGACCAGACCUGCAAACUCUAAGCAGCUGUAGACGGAGCACGCAGACCAAAGCGGGCCAGUGUUCCCCUGUCCAAACAGGUCUGAAUGUGUCCUUGUGUGUGUGUAUUUCUGUAUGUGUGUGUGUGUGUGUGUUAGCACAGGCCUGAAUGUCAGCCUUGUCUCUGCUCACAGAGUGGAGGAAAGGUCAGAGUUACCGCCCAUCAUGUGGAUGAGAAAGUGAGCGGCGUGCUGACUUAAGGGUUAGAUUUGAACAAGGUGGGCGUUGCCACGGCACUGAGAAAAAAAGCAAAAAGGACCUGUUGACUUCUUCUGACUCGGGUCAGGAGGAAGAAACCAAGUGUCAAUAGGAACAAAAUAUCUAUUUUGUACAAAAAUAGAAGAAAAGACUGGAAGAAUUGUUAUUUCAUUCCUUUUUUUAUUGUUAAUGUGUAAAUGAUGUAAAUAUUUGUACAGUUUAAGUUAAUUUAAAGCCAAAUUUGUUCUGUGCUUGGAAAUGUAUCAAUAGUGUAUUUUUUGUCAACAGUAUUUUUUACUAUUUUAUUGAGAAGUGUGACAAAUAUGUUACAUGUUUCACUUUGUAGCUGGAAAUAAAAUGUUAUAUUUUUUUAUACAAACAAA